UCCUCCCCUCCCCUCCUCCUCCCUCCCUGUCAGUCGCUGGUUCUCUGUCUGUCGGUGAGUCUGUUAGCUAGCCGUUAGCUCUCAUCCCGGACCCUGCAGCACGGACCCGAACAUGGCGGACUCAGACCGGGACCCGCAGCCCGCAGACCCGAGAACCUGCAGGAUCGGGAGAACCUGGUCCCGAAGCCGUCCGCUACACAGGAGUCAGAACAGCCAGUCUACCAGCUCAAGACAUCAGUACCAACUCAAACGGGCCCAAACCAGAUGCACUUGUUCACCGAUGACCAGAAGACCUGUUUGCAGAGGCCACAGAGGAGGUGUCGUUGGACAGUCCAGAGAGAGACGUCCUGCUGUCUGACGGCCCGUCGCCCGCCAUCACCCCCAUCACUCCUCCCAUCUCUGUCAUCACUCCUCGCAUAGGCCACGCCCACGACGACAUGUUCACACACUCCUCCUUCGACGAGAUCGAAGAGGAGGAGGGCGGAGACUCAAUCGACAUGCACAUAUCCGUGUCCGACCCCGAGAAAGUUGGCGAUGGGAUGAACGCGUACAUGGCCUACAAAGUGACGACCAAGACGUCUCUGUCUCUCUUUAAGUCUGACGAGUUCUCAGUAAAAAGGCGUUUCAGUGACUUCCUCGGCCUGCACAGCAAACUGGCCUCCAAGUAUCUGCACAUAGGCUACAUCGUCCCUCCGGCACCGGAGAAAAGCAUUGUGGGGAUGACGAAGGUGAAGGUGGGGAAGGAGGACCCGUCGUCCAAUGACUUUGUGGAGAAGAGGAGGUCGGCGCUCGAGAGGUAUCUGAUGAGGACGGUGAAACAUCCCAUCCUGCUGAAGGAUCCUGACGUCCUUCUGUUCCUGGAGAGCUCAGAGUUGCCGCGUGCCGUCAGCACUCAGGCUCUGAGCAGCGCCGGGCUCCUCCGGAUGGUCAACAAGGCCGCCGACGCCGUCAACAAGAUGACCAUCAAGAUGAACGAGUCUGACGCUUGGUUCGAGGAGAAGCAGCAGCAUUUUGAGAAUCUGGACGUUCAGCUGAGGAAGCUUCAUAUCAGCGUGGAGUCUCUGGUCUGUCACAGGAAAGAGCUGUCAGUGAACACGGCGCAGUUCGCCAAGUCGGCGGCCAUGUUGGGGAACAGCGAGGACCACACGGCUCUGUCCCGCGCUCUGUCCCAGCUGGCCGAGGUGGAGGAGAAGAUCGACCAGCUGCACCAGGACCAGGCCAACGCGGACUUCCACCUGUUCUCUGAGUUACUGGGCGACUACGUCCGCCUCAUCACCGCCGUCAAGGGCGUGUUUGACCACCGUAUGAAGACGUGGCAGAAGUGGCAGGACAGUCAGAUGCUCCUGCAGAAGAAACGAGAAGCCGAAGCCAAACUGCAAAACACCAACAAACCGGACAAACUGCAGCAGGCCAAAGACGAGAUCAAAGAGGAGAUUGAGGAGCUGGAGGUCAAAGUUCAGCAGGGAGAGAGAGACUUUGAUCAAAUCUCCAAAACCAUCCGCAAAGAAGUCAGCAGGUUCGAGAAAGAGCGAGUGAAGGACUUUAAAACGAUCAUUAUUAAAUAUCUGGAGUCACUGGUUCAGACACAACAGCAGCUGAUAAAAUACUGGGAAGCCUUCUUACCCGAGGCCAAGGCCAUCUCAUAGAGUCCACACAGACACAACAGACAGUCCUGACUGACUCCGGUCAGACUACACUACCCAUAAUGCACCUGUCCUCUCGGAUCACCCUCAUCCUCCUGUUAGACCCUGGAGUGAAGAAGAGAAGUGACUUUUCUGCAGUAAAAGAAAAAAUUCAACAACGAAACUCAGCCAGCAAUUUUUAAUUUCUCUUCUUUCUGCUGAACUUCGUGCUGCGUUCAAGUCCUGUGGGAGAAAAUUGUUCUCUUGAUUUAUUCCUUAACAGUUCAGAGAAAGUUUAUUUAUUACCGCGUUGGACUUGAACGCAGCACGAGGUUCUGACACUGGUGAUGGCUUUUUUAUGAUUUGCACAUUUGGAUUCUUUUCUGGUGUUCAUGUUUUUUACAAACACGUCACUUUGUUUGUUUAAUCGGCGACACACGAGGCGGGAACAUGAGUGGUGUCAUGGGUGGAGGAAUCCUACUCUGGAAAAAUGUUAAUUUUUCAAAGAAUUAUCAAAAUUUCCCUAAAAAAAAAAGCAGAUAUCCGGUUUAAAAAUGAAGGAAUAUUAUAUUUCUCCCGUUGGUUUGGUCUUCAGAUUUAUGGAAGAACAUUCUGACCCCAAAAAUUACACAGAAAAAUAUUAAAAUUUAGAAACAAUUAAAUAUUGUUGCAGAUUAAAGAUAUAAUCAAAAUGAAGGUCUUAAUAAUAAAUACAUAAAUAUAUAUAUAUGUGGUUGUGUGAUACAACUUUCUGCCCAGCAACAGAAUCUGAAGCUCUCUGAUUGGACGUUCCAGGCUUUAAUUUAAUCAGUGAAGCAGCUUAUUGUCUUUAUGUUUGAACGCAGGAAUGUAAAAAUGAAAAGGACCCUUAAUAUUUCCAUUAUUUAAUAUUUGCUGAUGUUAUGCUAACGAUGCUAACAGCACUAACGGCUUGCAUUAGAAGCGUCACAGCAGCGACACGCAGGAACUUUACCACGUAAUUAUUCAACCUCCACGUCGCCUCUCUGCGGUUUCAUUUCAAAGAUGGAGUCGGUGUGGGAGGACGACUGACUGCAGCCUUUCAGCUACUUUGUGUCUUGUACUUCCUGUCGCCUGUUCAGUCCGCUCACUUCCCUGCACGCCUUUCAAAAUAAGAGUCUUUUUUAAGUUCUUGUUGCUGCAUGAUCGUGAAGUGAAGGCAACGCUUACAGUUUGUUGUCCUCUUUGAGAUGAUGAGGAGGAGGAGGAAGAAUUUCACAUCCUGGAUCUCACACUGACCGGUUCUGUCCUCACUAAAUCACGCUUAUGUUACCGAGUACAUAUUUAAACUAACGUGUUAACCACUGAACACCACGUUAAGGCUCUACCCUCCAAACAUUCAAAACAACAAAGUCCUAAAAACGUCCCCCUGUGAUCAGAGGUAGACAAACAGCUCCUGUGUCCUGUGAAGUUAAAGUUCUGUUCUUGGCGAUGGCGUCUGGCAGCUUCGUUUAAUCAACCAAACAAUUCAAAGUCAGCACCAGAAUUACUCUGCAGUUAAACUUAUGAUUAAUAUUUUCAUGACUGAAGGUCUGUUGGUUGUUUGUUGUGUCUCAGCUGUAGUUCAGCCUCCCUCCACUAGCUGGGGCUGCAGCUCUGUUUAAUGGCUCGCUACAUCCCCUCUCUGCUCCUCUAAGCCCCGCCCACUAACAGAUCAUAGUGCACGCUCAAUCAGGAGAGUGGCUCUGAUUGGUCAGAGCUGACGGGAGCGAUUGGAAUUUAUAGAUUACUGGAUAUAGAGGCAGGAAAACACAGAUCUCACCAUAAUCUCAAAAUAUCUCAUUUAUUGAUGAGUGUUGUGACUUUUUGUGACACAGCACAAAAUAAAUACUGUUGUUUUCCCCCAAUCCAACCAACUACAAAAACUGAAAUCUAAGUAAUAUUGAAUUUCUCAGAUGAGGUGAAAUUUUCUUAUUUUUUGCCUGAUGAGUUUUUCUCACUCAGCAGUUUUUAUGUCAGAGUGUUUGACUUGUUUUGAGUGUUUUGGUCCUGAAUGAUCUCAGUAGAUAUUACAGCUUGUUAUUAUAUGACCUAUAUUGAAUCAUAGAGCUUUAAACUAAAAUAUUAAAGUUCCAAAGCUUCUUCAUCAACACUCACACGUAUAAAACUGCUUCUUCAAAGUCAUGAUUUAUUAUUUCAAGCAUGAAAUAAUAAAUCAUGACUUUGACACCGUCAAUAGAAAUGACAGCCAAAUGUAAUCCACUGUUUAUUUUCAAUGAAACAAUAGAAAAUAUCAACUACUAUAUAUGAGUACAGUUGGAACAGUACUGUCAACUGACACUUAAUAUUUCAACAUUUAACAUUUCAAACAGAAAUAAUUACAUUCAGAAAAGUUCUUCCAAAUUACAAAUUCCACAGCUGUCGGCUCAUUUAUGAAUUUUAAGAAAAUGAUCCAACAUAAUGAGAAAUAAAUUCUUAACUUUCGUUUCUCCAUCAAGAAAAUAAAUUAUUUUUUAAGUGUAACUUUGCUGAUUUCAAGAAAUGUAAUGCAGAGUGCAUGUCAUUAAGUCAAGAUAAUGGCAUUUACUUCAUUUAAGAAUAUUUUUAAGUCUCAUAUUUUUUAUUUCUAUGAUGAAAAAUGCAAAUAUUAUCAGUGAAAAUACACUAUUUAAAGGUAUUUCUGGGUUCAUUGAGGUUAUUAUUUUUACUUUUUUUGCAAAGUCUUGACAAGCCAAAUUUUCUUCUUCUGUUGGCAGAUCAUUUCCCUUAGUUAAAGUGAUAUACCCACAGUUUUUGUAUGUUUAUUCUUGUUUUUGAAGGCAGGCUUUUUGCAGUGUACUGACUGCAGCUUUAAAUAUCCAUUUAGACGACGUAGAGUUCGGUCUCUUCAGGACGUCCCAUAGCUUAGAGGAAACAUCACAAACAGCAAACAUCAGGGCUUUAAAAAGAAGGAGGAAUCUUUUCUGCAAUGAUCCUAAAAACAUCAAUACUUAUUUAACACAAACUAACCUGUGGAGGUGGACGAGUAACUCCUGUGGUCCUUCUCUGAUGAAAGCUCUCUCUCUCUCUCUCUCUCUCUCUCUCUCUCUCUCUCUCUCUCCUGAGCCGUCGUCUGAAAGCUCUCACCCCCGUGUUCUUCUUCCUCCUCCUCUUCAUCGUCUGCAGAGAGGAACAUCUGACUCUCUGAAACCCGGUCCAUGAGAUUUGAUUUAAAGUCCAGCAGCUUCUGAAGCGAGCUGCUGCUCCGUGUGUGAAGGAUGUUCCUGUUUUAAGAGACCGGACCAGGUUUCAGAGCGUCAGAGUGUCUCAGGUGUGCAGGUGUGUGUGUGUGUGUGUGUGUGUGUGUGAGUGACAGGUGACCUGAGUGUGUGUCCGUCCAGAGAGCAGCCUCAGACUGUGAGGAUUAUUUUUACAGGCUGCGUCUCUCCGUGUGGAUCAGUGAGGGUUUAAAUGUUAAACCAGGUCUUGAUUUGUUUUGUUGACUUCGAGCACAUUUCAUUUUGAAUCUUUGAAUCUUUGAAUCUUUGAAUCUCUCCGUAGAUCUGAGCUGGAAUUAAAACUGGAACUGAUUUGAUUUCUCCCUCUCUCCUCUCUCUUCAAUCAUGGAACACUGUGUUGAUUCUUCCUUUUUGUAUUUUAUUCCAUGUUUUAUUCCUCUUUUUGCCGCCUAAUGAUGUGCAAUGGUUGAACCCUUCAGUUGAUUUGGUUUCACAGAUGAUGAAAUGCUUUAUCUGAGCAGGUUUUUGAAGCUCUUUUUGGUUUUGACGUGACAUUCCUGCAGCAGAGCAGACGUUUCAGAAAUUUAAUUACAAUAAAGGAAUGUAUCUCAUCUA